AUGAAUGUUGACUUAAGUGAGUUGAAUGUCGUCUUACAAAAAAAUAUCCGAAAGGAACUCUGCAAUGAUGAGAAUAAAACAAUGAAAAGCAAUCUCAUCUUCAAGAUAUCAUUGAAUGUACAAAUACUCAGCAAUAAAUAUCGUGAAGACUUAAAAAGAAUACAGAAAGAGAUACUUAAAAGACAACAAAGGGGUUUACAGGCUGGGGUCGGCUUUAAUAAAUUUUUAAUAAACCACAACAAAGUUACAGCAAUUUUAUAUAACUAA